CGCUGUGAUCGAUUUAACUUUACUCGAAAUACGUCAUGUGCUGAAGAAGUAACUUACCUCUCUCUCUCUCUCUCUCUCUCUCUCUCUCUUUUCUUACAUAACAAAAAAACAUGGUUUCCUUUACAGGAUUCCUGCUGAUUUACAUAUCUGGAGGACUAACUUUCCUACCACUGAUGCUACUAUUUGCUUUUAUUUACAACAAAGGAGGCAUUCAAACAUUACUCCCUCGUCCCACGUCCAAACCUGUAGCUCAUGUGUAUAAAGAUCCGGACACGGUAAUCGUGAAAAAAGGAUGGGUUCGCAUCACUAAUCAAUACCAACCGAAAAUGCCCGACCUUCCACCCAACAAUCACGGCAACAAUAAUGGCAUAAUCUCUGGCCUUCAAUCGUACGUUGGUAAAGAACAACAAAGAAAGGGGUUGGUGUAUGCGAUUUUAAAGCAUGGAAGCUUGUUUUGUUAUGAGUCUGAAAAGCAACAAGAGGUUAUUAUGGUUAUUCCUAUACAAGAUUUUUCAGUGUCAUUGUAUCCUCCUCUUAAAGAGGAUACGCCCGAAGGACUCAUCUAUAGUCGUACAGUGGUGGUACGCUUGGUCCCAAAGUCCAUUUCGCCGCACGAUACAGACUCAAUCUCCGUAUGUACAUUGCCCGAAGAAGAUAUUACAGUCAACCCCAAUCGCAUCUUAUAUCUUACAUGUGCCCGCAACAUUGAUAAGGAAGAUUGGUAUCUCGGUUUGGUGGAGGCACAACACGUCUUGACUGAUCCCGAAGAAAAAGAAAACUAUGUGAUGAUGGAUAGUACGCAUUUUGAUCCUGAUACGAUGGAAGAGCUGAUACGUCAAGUGCAAUCCUCACCCAGUCAUCGUGAAACAGCUUGGAUAAAUGCUGUCUUUGGUAGAUUAUUUUUAGGAAUGUAUAAAACUGAUCGUUUGAAGAACUUUGUGGAGAACAAGAUUCGUAAAAAAAUUGACAAGACAAAACGCCCUACGUUUUUAGACGAGAUUACGGUUCGAAAAGUGGAUAUUGGUGGGACAGUACCAUUUAUUACUGACCCUAAAUUGCUCUCGCUCUCGCCUCAAGGUGAAGUAAUUGUGGAAGCUAAAGUAGAUUAUCAUGGUGGUCUUACCAUCGAAAUAGAAACCGAUUUUAACUGGUCAUAUUCAUCCUUAAUGAAACCUAUUCGUAUGCAUCUUGUUUUAUCUGUCAAGCUCAAGAAAUUAGCAGGUCGCAUGAUGUUUAAAUUAAAAGCACCACCAACCAACCGUUACUGGCUUGCCUUUUUUGAAAUGCCCGAAAUGGAAUGGGAAAUCACGCCCAUUGUAGCUGACAAACAAAUCAAAUUAUCCAUUGUCACUAACGCUAUUGAAUCUCGUAUUCGUGAAGUUAUGGCCGAGACCUUCGUGUUACCAAAUAUGGAUGAUACCCCGUUUUGUCCGUCGGGUGGAAAAGGCGGUAUAUUUGGUGAGUAUAUCAAGGUUAAACAAAAGAAAAAAGCAAAUACCAAACCCUUUGUCCAUGAGGAAAACAGUCAUCGUCAUUCAAGACAGGAUUCAGGCUCUAGUGAGCAUUCGAAUGUAAGAGACACGCCAACUGUACCUGAAGUCGUCGAAAAGCCUGCUGCCGCUGACGUACUAAAGUUACCCUCCCGUCGAGCUGAAUCUGCCACAGAGCUGGCUGUCGGUGUCGAUCAAAAGAAUGAAUUACUGCCUGAUCAUUCCCCUGUAUUAGAAACAUCUUAUUCGACACCUACUAUGCAGGUUGUGCAACCCACACCCUUUCUCGCUGAGCAACAUAACCAAUCCGCCAUAUCUCUUGAUCAGAAAUCAACAGCGGAAUCAACACAUAGCACAGGUAGCAAUAAGUGGCAGACAACGGGUAGUUAUAUAAGAAAACGUAUGCAUAAAGGUGUUGAUGAAGACCAUAGUGAUUCAGAAAGUGUAAAAUCGACCAACAAAACGAACCAAUCUGGCUUUCUUAACAAGAUCUCCAAUUUUCUACCAGCAGACAGUGUCCCAGCUUCCGAUAGUGCAUCUGUAAAAUCAGCGUCGUCUACCAACUCCAAUAAGAGAAACUCGCUUAUUCACAUGGCAGAAAACUUUUUGACAAAAAAGGCGAAUGGACAUGAUGAUACUAUCAGUGAAGAGAAGAAGGGUAUGUAUGCUGAAAGAAUCGCGAAUAUGCGUAAACGAGCAGGAGAAAAGAUUGCAUCCAUCUCAAAUAUCGGCCCUCCUUUACCACCACCUAUUGUUAAUAAGUAUCCUCCAACCUCCAAUAAGCAUCUUUUGGAUGAAGACAUGACGGAAUCCGAACAAAACACACUUCCUUCAUUGAAACCUCGUCGUGAAAGAUCCUCUUCUGUUGCGCAUAGCGAGUCAGUAUCUUCCACAUUAUCAAAUCCACAUUCAUUACCACCUCUUCCUCCUCGUCGUAACUCGACACCCAUUCCUGUAUCUGAAGACUUGGUUGAAAGUAGUGUGCAAGGUAUACCCAGAACACAUGUGAUGGAAGCAGCAAUUACUGAAGAGCCUGAUACGGGCUUGGAUGAUCACAAGUCAGUAGAAGAAAAACCUCCAUUACCUACCACACCAAGACCUCCUUUUUCAGAUUCUAAGCCUCAUCCUAUACCUGAUUUACCACCCCGAAAUAUCCACUCUCCUCCUCCAGCUAUUCCUCCCAGACAUUAAAAAUAAAAUAACAUAAGCCUUUUA